AUGUCAACAACAUCUCCUUCAUCUUCACCUGUCUGGAACAGCAUCGUAGAUUAUCUUUCUUUGAGCUCGAUAUGGAAUUGGCUGCAAGCAAGUCUUCUGGGAGACACUAGCCCACCUCAGCAAACAAAUUUGGGUCUACUAGAUAAUCUUGCUCCAACUGUGCAAGUUAUCCUGGGGAUUUUCUUUUUGCUUUUGUUGGCAAUAGGAGUAUAUGCCUUAUGGAAACGAAGUAUUCAGUCAAUUCAGAAAAUACUGUUGUUUAUAAUCACCCUCUACAAACUUUACAAGAAGGGCUCAGAUUUUUUUCAGACUUUGCUGGUCAGCCCAGAAGGAAAUCCUCCAGUUGAGGACAAUAAUCUCUUCCUGUCCUUGGGCCUGCAAGAGAGAAUUUUGAAAAAACUUCAGGCAGUGGAAAACAAAGUGAAGGACCUGGAGGGAAUGAUCAUUUCCCACAAACCUGCCACGAAGAGGGAUUGCUCCUCGGAGCCGUACUGCAGCUGCUCUGACUGCCAGAGCCCCUUGCCCACAUCGGGGUUUACUUCUACAUCUGAAAUGUGAUGGACUCCAAUCUUUCCCAGA